AUGGAUCUUGACCUCAUCAUCAAGAAUGCUACAAUCGUCACAGCAACCGAAAUCCUCCAACCAGGUCUCAGCAUUGGUAUCAAAUCUGGCCAAAUCGUCGCCAUUGCUUUUUCUCUUCCAGCCAAUGCGGACACACAGAUCAUCGACGCCGAAGGUGCAUAUGUAACCCCUGGCGGCGUCGACUCCCACGUACAUCUGCACCAGGACAACGCUCCCACAGGCGACAAAUGGCUCCCCGGCUCCCGCUCCGCGCUCUGUGGCGGCAAUACUACGAUUCUCGCAUUUGCCACGCAAAAGCGGACUGAUGAGAGCUUGUUUCCCGUGCUGGAAGAGUACCAUUCCCGCGCGAGGGGCCAGAGUUAUGUGGACUAUGGAUUCCAUUUGAUCCUCACGAGGCCCAGUCCGGAGAUCUUGGGUCGAGUGGUCAAGGCCAAGGUCGACGGGGAGCCUGAUCCCGGAAAUGAAGGAGAGUUGAAAAGAAUGGUCGAGGAGGAAGGCAUCACGAGCGUCAAGCUGUACAUGACCUAUCCGGCGUUCAGGUUAGGCGACAAAGAGAUGCUAGAGGUGAUGAUGAGGUGCAGAGAGGUGGGUAUGACGGUCAUGGUGCAUGCUGAGAAUGCGGAUAUGAUUGAUAUGAUCACGACUCGACUCCUGCAAAAUUCUCAUACACUCCCGAAGUUCCACGCCCUCGCCCGCCCUCAGAUCGCUGAGGCGGAAGCCACCCAUCGCGCCAUCUCGCUUUCUACCCUCACAUCCACGCCAAUUCUCAUCGUUCACAUGUCUAGCCCCGUGGCCCUUUCCCACGCUAGGAAAGCACAAUCAAAGUCCAUGCUCCCGAUCCACGCAGAGACGUGUCCGCAUUACAUGUACUUGUUGUCCGACAGGCUGGCCGUGACCCGAUUCCCGGUCGUCGACGAAGCCAAUGGUGUUCAUAGUCACGAUCAUGGGGAUGGAGAGGAUGACGAAUGGGCCGGGGCACGACACGUCUGCGCACCGCCUCUCCGCCACGCCGAGUCCGAUCUGCAGAGCGUCUGGGACAGUGUGAACAACGGAACCAUCAACGUGAUCUCCUCCGACCACGCCCCGACCCUGUACCACGACCCCCAGGGUAAACGGAAGCCACUCGUCGAAGCACAAAAGACGAACUCGACCCCGACAUUCUCCCAGAUUCCCAACGGCCUGCCGGGCAUCGAAACACGGCUACCCAUCCUCUUCUCCGCCGCGACCGACCCGGACCAGUCAAUUUCACCUACAAGGAGACUGACAUUGCCAAAAUUUGUGGAACUCACCUCGACGAAUCCUGCCAAGAUGUACGGCCUCUCCGGGAAAAAGGGCAGCAUCGCCCCAGGCUAUGACGCCGACUUGGUCAUCUGGUACCCUCCACACCACCCCAAUGCCGCCUCGUCAGACGAGAAAAUAAAGAUCACCAACGAAAUGUUGCACCACAGUAUCGAUUAUACUCCCUUCGAAGGCUUUCGGGUGUGCAAUUGGCCCAGGUACGUCCUUUUAAGGGGCGAGCUCAAGUGGAACCGCGAUAUCGAAGUCAGCCAGGGACCCGGCGCGGGUAUCCUGGGAUCGCCUGGCGACGGCAGGUUCUUGAAGAGAGGCCAGGGAGAGGUGCUUGUCGGACGGAGCGGAUUGGGCAGAGAUCCCGACGGGAUGAGGGCAGGGGAGAGAAGCGCUUGGAUGUAG